AUGGGUAGAAGCAUUAUCACGCUAGACGACUUGACCGUCAAUAAUAUCGGCACAUUUAAAAAACUCCUUCAAGUCACACUCCCCACAUCUUAUCCUGAAACUUGGUAUAAUGACUCUUUUAACAACGACCAGGUUGUGAAGUUGGCGUUCUACAGUGAACUCCCGGUGGGCCAAGUAAGAGGCAAAUUGAUGAACUCCUCGCAUAAUAUCCCUAGCUUCGAGUCGGCAAAUACAUCUCAAUUACCUUCAAAGAGUAUCCCAAACGCAAUUUACGUGGAAUCUCUCUCCGUGCUUGAGGCAUACAGAAACUUGGGUAUCGGGUCAAAGUUGCUCGAAUGGAUCAUUGAACAAGCGAAAGAGAAGUUUAUCCACGAGAUCUUUUUGCAUGUGCAUGCUGUGAACACCACGGCUAUUGAAUGGUAUGAAAAGAAGGGCUUCAAGAAGUCGCCUGAAGUUGUUAAAGACUACUACAAGCAACAGGGUUUGAACGAACCAGAUGCUGUGCUACUCACCUUGACGGUAUAG